AUGCUGAGCGCCGACAGGAUGGAGGAGUUUCAGAGCGAGGAAGAGGAGCCCUGGUACGAUCAGCAGGACCUGGAGCAGGACUUGCAUUUGGCUGCAGAGCUGGGGAAGACUCUGCUGGAGCGUAACAAAGAGCUGGAGGACUCCCUGCAGCAGAUGUAUGCCACCAACGAGGAGCAAGUGCAGGAAAUUGAGUACCUGACCAAGCAACUAGAGAUGUUGCGGCAGAUGAACGAACAGCAUGCAAAAGUCUAUGAGCAGCUGGACCUGACAGCACGGGACCUGGAGCUAGCUAACCAGAAGCUGGUGCUGGAAAGCAAGACAUCCCAACAGAAGAUACAGUGCUUGACAGAGACGAUCGAAGGGCUGCAGAACCAAGUGGAGGAGCUGCAGAAGCAGGUGGAGGAAAUGAGGAGCUUGGAGCAGCUCCGCAUUCGGCGGGAGAAGAGGGAGCGGCGACGAACCAUCCACACCUUCCCCUGCCUCAAGGAGCUGUGCUCCAGCCCCAGGUAUGAGGACAAGUUCCAGGUCCACAGCUCUUCCACAGAGUUCAACCAGAAGCCACUGGAGAGGGAGAAUGAGCGCCUGCAAGCCAUGGUGAACUCACUGAGGUCCCAGGUCAACCAGGAGAAGCAGCGGAAGGAGAGGGUUGAGCGAGAGUACAGCUCUGUCAUUCAGGAGUACUCGGACCUGGAGCAGCGAGUCUGUGAGAUGGAGAACUGCAAACUGCGCAUCAAGGAGCUGGAGGCAGAGCUCCUGGAGCUCCAACAGAUGAAACAAGUCAAGAAGUACCUGCUCAGCAGAGAGGACAACCUGUCGGAGGCGCUUCUCGAGCCGCUGAACAACGCCCCAGAAGCAGACUAUAUCGACCUGUCCGAAGAGGAGGGCGGGAAAAGCCAAGGGCCGUCGAUGACGCCUUCACCAAACCACCCCGUGCGGAAGAGCUGCAGCGACACGGCCCUCAACGCCAUCGUCACCAAGGAUGCCGUGAGCCGGCACGAGGGCAACUACACGCUGCACGCCAACAACGUGCGCAAGCGCGGCAUGUCCAUCCUGCGGGAGGUGGACGAGCAGUACCACGCCCUGCUGGAGAAGUACGAGGAGCUGCUGAGCAAGUGCCGGCAGCACAAGGACAGCGUGCGCCACGCCGGCGUCCAGACCUCCCGGCCCAUCUCCCGCGACAGCUCCUUCAGGGACUUCCGGGGAGAGGCCUACGAGCUGGAAGAGCGGAAGAGCAUGGAGAAGAGCCUCAGCAAACACGUGGAGGCUGUGGACAAGCGGCUGGAGCAGAGCCAGCCCGAGUACAAGGCUCUGUUCAAGGAGAUCUUCUCCCGCAUCCAGAAAACAAAAGCAGACAUCAACGCCACGAAGGUGAAAAACAAGAGCGGGAAAUGAGCCCUGCCUCUCCGCAGCUCCCGCGUCCAACGGCCAAGUCUUCUCCUCAGCCCCAGGAAACUCCACCUGGCCCCACUGCUUUGAAGGUUCGAGAGGUCUACAAGCGAGAAACUGUCACGGAGGCUCGAAUCUCCGUUUUCUGUAAGCUUGGGCUCUGGACAAGUCUUUGGGCCAACUGUACAUUGUAGUUAGAGGAUUUUGGAAACCGUACGACGGAUCUCUGCAUGAGUUGCUGCCGCUGCCAGACGUCACAACAGCAACAGAAACCACCCCACAGGAAACAGAAGAAAACCAAUCACCUCCUCCACCUCCUAUUCAGCUUCUCUUCCAGCCCUGAUGAUCUGCAAGCAAAAGCUUGGAUGUCCUCCAGCAUCCUGCCCCAGCUGGAGCGCAGUGCUUCAGAGCAGAACAAAAAGCCAUCGAGCCUUGAGGAGCUGCUCCAGCACACCAGCCCAACCCUCCUCUUCAGCUUUAUGGCUAAGAACCUACGCUUGCGGCCAAGAGACUUCCAUCCACACCUUCCCCUCCCCCAAAGGGCAGUAUGUUCUUGCUAUUUAAGCCAUUCUCUUAGCAGUCAGGUUUUUCAGCUCUUUACAAUGCAAGCUCAUUGCAACUGGAAAAACUUGAAGAGAAACAUCAAAAAACUGAUUGUUCUGUCUUCAUCGUGGUCAUGGAGCAUCUCAGCCCACACCCUCCAGACUCUGUAGGCAGAGGAGACAUCCUCGCUUUAAACAUGCCCCACGAUAGCGAGCCCAGGUGAAGCACUGUGCCUGGUAGGAACUUGAUGACCAGGGCUUGCCCAUAAGCUAGACAAGAAGUGCUAUUACAGUAUCAGAGACACGCUUUCAUCUCAUGGUCUGGGUACCAGCCCUCUGCACUGUGCUCUUCAAGAGGUUGCCACUGCCCCACUGUAGCAAACUCCUCAAAUACAGCUUGUUUGGGCUUGCAGUACUGACUAGCAGUGACCUGCAUGCAAGCAAAAGGGCAAAGCAUCGCAUUCGUGUGGCGCCAGGACCUCUGGCCCUGGCAGUAGCACCAAUCACACAUUGCCCCACACUUCUGCUCUGAACAUCUCCCCAGUCAAGGGGACAGACUUCAGUCCUCUGCUGAAAACAACCCUUCCUGGCUGUGAUACUGUCUCCAAAGUUUGUCACCUCUCGUGUUCCUGUUCACUUUGCAGCACUGAAAUCGCCUCACUUUUGCUUCCACAGACAUGCAAACACACAGCCAAAAGGCCACUGCAGUCUCAGGAAUCACCAAUUUCCAUUUCUCAUGAACUAGAUGUCGACCUUGUUAUGGUCAGACAGGUGUUUUAGGCAGAGAAGAAGCAUUUCAGUCCAUCUUAGGCAACACCCUGCACAUUAAGCCACAGGAAAAAAAACAAAUCAAAUAAAAAUGAAGCAGUUCAGUGUAAGCUACCUAUUCUGUACCUGCCUGGAGAAAAAUCUAGGCCAGAUUUGGAUUCUAUUUUCACCAGCUCCCAUCCCAAAAUCAGUAGAGAUUUUUGAGAUCAAUAAAUGAGGACGUGUCUUUGGAGGGGGAGGACUGUUAAAAACAUAAUCAUCCUCCAAGUCUAGGGCCUUGAUGGUAGAGGAGCUACCUUUCUUUCACUCACCAUGGAAUUAAUGCAAGAGUAUCCCCUCAAAAAGACCCUCUCUUGUUAAGCUGAGUACCAUGGAGGUAAGUUGGUAGAAGUGCAAUGCCCAAACCAGCCCCACUCCAGAGGUCUCCUCCUCAUAGCACCUUCCACCAACCCCUCUGCUCUUCCACGCUCCACAUUUUCAGGUGCCCUAUGGCCUCAGACUCAAGAAGCAUUAGGAGUCAUAGGCACAACUGUGGCUACCAGCUCUGGAACAGUAUGGAGAACCUUCAUGCCUUAUUUAUUUGUAACAGAAAGCAGUUGUCUAAGAAAAGAAAAAUAAAUAAAACCAAACAACAACAGCAACAGAA